AGUCAGAGAGAGAGGGAGGGAUAGGAUUGUUGAUUGAGAAGAUUACCAACGCUUAAGCACUUCAUCCAGUCACUCCGCAUCACCUGCUCCGGGACCUAUCCAUCACAGCCGACGCUCCUCCUGAUGUCUGGCGGAGGAUGCGGCGCUCUGAAACCCCCAGGUGGUUGGGAUUAAUUGGCCUCUGAGCAGCCAGAGGAAGGUGCGGCUGGUUUGCUGCACUUCACCAAGUUCUUCACGGUUAGCAGAGACUGUGGGGACGGACGGCGCGCCCUGCGCUCAGGAGGGGAUUAUAGGACAGGAACAGCCGCCACUCGGACAUGAGGAUACGUCAUCUGGAUCCCUUUCAACUAGAUAAUAGAAGAAAAGAACAUGGACCACGAGUGUAACCAGCACCUUCAGGGAGCCCUGAGAGACGGGGCAGAGAGCAGUGCAGGUAAAUGGAAUCCCAGGACAGGAGUCGCUCCCCGUCCCGUAGGACUAGCCGAGUGGAACAGGUUGUGGGACGAUGGCUGAGACGAUCCAGGGACUUGGGCAGCAGGUCUCUCUCUCUGAGCAGGGAUCGUGUUGCUGUGGAUGGGAAAACAGGGGAGUCCAGUGGCUCCGAUCAGAGAAAUUACCCGUUCCGAUUCAAUAUUCAGAUUCAAAAGGACCUGGACCUCAAUUCCCAUGGCCUCACACUUUCCACCCAGAUCCCCAUUCUGGUGGAGGAGGUCAUGCCAGGUGGUCCUGCAGAUGGUCGACUUGUCCCUGGUGACCAGCUUGUGAAGAUCAAUGACAUUGCUGUCCAUGACCUAACACCAGAGCAAGCUGCUGAAAUAAUCAGGGAGUGUCAAGACACACUGACUAUGACUGUCCUGAGGAUCAUAAAAGGCCCAAAGUCAUCAUUCAUCACGCCUGAAAAACGGGCCAAGCUAAGGUCCAACCCCGUUAAGGUCCACUUUGCUGAGGAGGUUGAAGUCAAUGGACAGUCUCAGGGGAAUUCUCUGCUCUUCCUGCCUAACGUUUUAAAGGUGUAUCUAGAGAAUGGACAGACCAAGGCUUUCAAGUUUGAGAUUAGCACAACCGUCAAGGACAUUGUGAUGACGCUAAAAGAAAAACUGUCCCUGAACCGUAUUGAGCACUUCUCCCUGGUGCUUGAACAGCAGCACAACAGCAGUAAGCUAUUGCUGCUACAUGAUGAAGAGAGGAUACAUCAGGUGGUCCAGAAGAAGGAAGUUCAUAACUACAGGUGUCUGUUCCGUGUUUGUUUUCUGCCCAAAGACUUCAAGGCACUGCUCCAGGAAGACCCCUCUGCUUUCGAGUAUCUUUACCUACAGGGAGUAAACGACGUUCUGCAGGAGCGGUAUGCAGUUGAGAUGAGGUGUAAUGCAGCAUUGAGGCUCGCCGCUCUGCAUAUUCAGGAGAGGCUGGUGAGCAGUGGACAGUCCCCCAAAGCCAACCUGAAGAUGAUCACGAAGACUUGGGGGAUCGAAAAUUUUGUGUCAUCGACAUUACUGAGGAAUAUGCGAGAAAAAGAUCUGAGGAAGGCCAUCAUCUUCCACCUGAAGAAAACCCAAUCCCAUCAGGAUCCCAGGCAAAAGGCCCUGUCAGUAGAACAAGCAAGGAUCAACUAUCUGGAGGAGCUGAGUGAUCUCAAAUCCUUCGGGGAGUUGUUCGGUGCUACUUUGAUGCUUCAGGAUAGGGAAUCGAUGGUGAGCCUCCUUGUUGGAGCGCGCUAUGGGGUGAGUCAGGUGGUCAACCACAAGCUGAGUAUCAUGACAACUCUAACAGAGUUUAACAGCAUCACUCGCGUCGAGCUGCUUCCCGAAUCAGACAAAGUCAGCCUCGUCAAAAUAUACCUACAGGACAUAAAGCCCAUCACAUUACUGUUGGAAGCAAGUGCAGCAAAGGAUAUGUCCUGCCUCAUAGCAGGGUACUGCCGCGUGUUUAUUGACCCCAACCUCAAUGUCUUCCCUCGGAUGGAUGACAAGAAACACAGAGUUUCUGCAGAAGAAGGUUACGUGUCACGAUGUGGAAGUGACUCUGAGGACUCUUCUGACUUGGAUAUGGAGCCAUUGUACAGCCUGGCAUCUCAAGAUGACCAAACCUCUCCUUGUGUUAAAUCCUCGUCAGACCCUGACGGAAGGAAAAGGAAGGACAGGGACCUGAUGAGAAGCAAAUACAACGAAUCUAAGGGAGAGAUACCUGUGGAGAGCAAAAAACUUAAACAAGAGAAUUCUCCUGAUACUGCAAAGGAAACAUCUUCACUAGAAAACAAUGGAGGGAGAGAAAAACAAGACAUGGUGGAAGUACAGAGACAUGAUUCAAAAAUACAGAUCCAAAUAACAGACGGUUCAGAGGGACAGAAAAUAAACCCUGGGACUGGAGAAGAAGAGCAGCCGACUGUGUCAGAGGCAUCAGAUUCAUGCCAUACUGACUCCCGUGUCCUCAGCAGUCCCUCCAGUGACUCUCUCGAUGCCCUGGAGGAGGAUGAUUUAAUUUCCUGUUCCUCCUCAUCUGUCCAGACUCAUGCUCGGUCACAGGCUCAUGUUUGUACCCACUCCCCUAUUCAGCUUCACUUCCACUCUGACGGCCGCAUUCAGCCUCACCUCCUUGCUCCUCCGCCACUUCACUCUCACCCCCUUAUUCACCUCACUGUGGUUAACUGUGGGAGGGAGCCAGAAGAAGGAGAAGGCAGCAGCAGAUCAGGUGAUGGUGCUGAUCCUAAGCUUAUCUCCACCCUAUCUCAGAGCCCCAAAGUUCAAAAACAUUCAAGUGAACUCUGCUCAGCGGACAGCUCCCUGUGCUUUGCUGAGCUCUCCCGCCUUGUAGACCUCCUGCCGAGCCCUCCUGAGGCUAGCGAGGAUGAUGAUGCUGAAGAAGACGAUCUGCAGCGAAAGGCAAAGUUACAGUGCGGUAUAAGUGGGACUCUAAGAACGGAUGACAGAAGAGGUGUUCAGGGGCAUCCUCUUUCUACUUCUCCGUCAUCCCCAUCUUCCCACAAAGACUUUUUUUUUAACUUUGACCAAAGCGAUGCUCGCUGCUACUACAACCUCUGCUCCAACAUCACUCCUGACAGCGCUCACAACCUUCCAGGCCCUCAGCAUCCUAACAGUGGAGGGUCGCAUAAGACUGAGGUGAAGACUGCAGACCCUGAGCCAGUUCCCAUCCUCCAGCCGCCACCUGGAUUUGGGGACAGCAGCUCUGAUGAUGAGUUCUUUGAUGCAAGAGAUCGCUUCACCUCACCUGAAGAUCCAACGUCAGGGGCCGUCCCAAGAGGAAUUCAGAUGAAUAAGAAGCUUGACUCCAACAGCUUUGUCAGUCUGAGUGAUAUCAGAGUCUCUGUGAUGGACAUAAAUAAAGAUAAAGGGGCAGAAAUGGACAAGCAGAAAGAAGAAGAGGAAAGAGGAAGCAAAGAAACAAUGUUCCUCCUCCGGAAAAGGUCCAGAAAGCGACGCUCUUUCAUGGAGACUGAUUAUACCUCUCAAGUGACAUAUCCAGAGUCUGAUCUGGAUUCAGAAUCCAAUUUAAACUCUUGUAGGCUUCAGAAAAACAUAUUGACUGAUUCAAGUGAUAAUACAAUACUGACUUCAGAUCCAGAACCCUCAGAGCAAACCCAAAAUCCAAGCCUUACCGUCUCCUCUCUCACGCAUGCUGAAGGAGAGCCAGCUCAGCUCGAGUCCAAACCCAUCCUUUCAAAGCUCCACUCACAUGGACCGGGCUUUCUUUCUGCUUCUGAACAGACCAGAAAUUUAAAGCCUCCUUCCAGAACAAGGAAACAGGAAAUGGAGAUGGAACCAGAUGCGAUGGAAUCCAAAUCAGUCACUGAUCUUGUGAAGGUGGUGCCUCCUACCAUCACUGUUGUCCGCUGUCGGGUCGAUCCAGACGGAAAGGAGAGUGCAGAUCGGAGAGGAGAUGGGAAGGAGGAAGGGGAAGAUCAGGAGGAGAUGAGUGGAAGGAAGGGGGAAUCGAAGGAGGAGAAGCCAGCUUGUUUAACAGGAAAUGGACCAUUCACUACUCAUAUGUUUUUACCUGAUAUAAUUGAGGAGGAAGAAAAAGAUGACGUGAAGAAAGAGAAAAUGUUUCAGUUAUCAUCCAGUUUAAAGAGACCCCUUGUGGGCGCUGAAAUAUCACAGGACGCUACCUUAAUUCCUAAUAGUUUAACAGAAGUAAAUAAAAACGUGGUCACUACCCAGAUAAACACACAUGUGGAUAAGCAUUUCCCUCCGUUGAUUACAUCGCCACCACCUCCCCCACCAUCACGGCUUCUCCCUCAAACUCCCACUGGACUCAAACUGGAUUGUGAGACUCUGGUCAAAGAAGCAGAACUCCACAAAACCAUUGAAACCUCAAUCAAACUAUCUGCUUUAAAUUUAAAAGAAGAAAUCAGUUGCCACAGUGACACUGCACAGUCCAUAAAACAGACCUUGGUGAGCAUAAAUGAUGAGGAACUCAUUGGUAUUCAGGAAUCUACAGAAAGCUCUAAUUCAGACAAUGUUUUUGAGGAUGAAGAUGAUGCACACACUAGUUUUUCACCAAAUUGCACUUCAGACGAGCAUCAAUACGACAGGACUGUAAGUGCAAAUAGUUGCUUAACGCAGGGAACUACAGACAAAUUACACAUUGAGGCACAGCUUCAUUUAAAUUGUGAAGAGCAAAUUAGGGGACUUAAUGCAGAUCACAUUCUAGCUAUAAAGUCUAUUAGAGCUAAACUUGAAGCUACAACCAACAUCAUAUCUUCUCUUAACUCAGGAACAGAGCUGAAAAACAUGGGCAUAUCAAAACCAAAAAGUGAUUCCUCCUUGGUGGGUGGCGCCACUGCAGACAGUUCAGGAAGUCCCAGCAUUGUGAUCCCAAAAGCUGCCACUCUGAGCGAUCUAUCCAAAGACUUAACACCUCCAGCUCGUUUUCUCUUCCAGACUUAUUCACCAAGUAUCAUGGGCCGUUUAUCGGCCUCAACACUAAGGGGGAAGAUUCAAAACUUGCCUCUUUAUUUGUCACGUUCCCAAGAAAGUCUGACUCAAGCAGGAGUUGAGAGUUCUGCACAGAGUCCAGCAAAGGAAGCUUGCAGGAAUGAGGCAUAUCCCCUCGACGGCUUCCAUGAUAUCCCACAAACAUUUGACUUGGAGACGGGCUUGGCACCUGAUUCAGCCGAAUCAGAUGAUUCAGAUGCAACUUUGACUGGAUCUGAAUUGGAUGGGGAGUUUUUUUUGGAAACAGCCUCAGCACAGAGAUCUCCAUUGACACCUGAGAAAAAAGAAGUCAGUUUUGAGCUGCCUGUGCAGACGGAGCCCAAGCAGCAUCAUCAAACCCUAUAUGCCGGACCUAAUGACAAUACACCAGGACCGGUGACAGAGCCUCCUACAUCCAUCAUACAUUUUUUUCAAAGAGAUAGCUCUGGGUUGAAUGCACAUAUGCCAGGACCCAUUAAAGAUGCCCCAGAGUUAAAUAUAAGGGUCAAGAAUCUAUCUGAAGACAUUCCAGGGUAUAAAGACAGCAGCCAGUCUCCGAUUGUGGUCACAACCCAGAAUCUGAAUGGUCCACAACUUGCUUUUUAUGGUCAGUCCCAAAAAGUCAGAAGGACAAGUAAUGACAGACCUUUGAUGGGUCUUUGCAGACCUUUAGAGCAAAUUUCAGACCCAUCAAAAGUUCCUUCUACUAGUUGUGAAGUGUUCACCAUCUGUGAGGAUCUGUCUCAGAAAAGUCCUUCAUCUGACCUGGUUUCUGCUACACCCCUAAAGGCUGAAUUUGGUUGCAGCUCUUUGUUUGCAUCAGGGUGUGAGUCUGUAGCAGAGAGUGUUCAGAUUCCCCUGGACGCCUGUGGCUGUCCAGCAUCAUAUACAAACUGCUUCAGUGGGGAAGAGAGCUUUGAUGAUGAGCUUACAGUCUAUGAGUUCUCCUGUCGCUCUCAAAACAGCAGCAUUUCUCAGACCUCCAGGGGAGGUCUUCAUCUCAUUACAUCUCCAACUGCUCCCUCCUUCAUCUCCACCUCCUCCACCCUGUCCCCAUCAUAUCCUAACCCCAUCCUUUUAUCCACUUCUAACUCUGAACUCAGCCCUCUUCUCUCACCCCCCUCAGAAUCCUCCAACUCAUAUUUGUCUCAAGCGCACAAGGACACUCUCCGUCAUCUGGGUCAGCAGCACUAUCCAGAACCCCCUGAAGGUUUCCAAGUUCUUCGCAGAGAUGUAGAUAAACUCCUGACAAUUUUGGAAGGUAGCAACAGCUCUGACCGAUCUGUGGAAGGGCUGGGGGGUCGCCACCCAAGGGACACAUGCCCUGCACAUUUCACAGAGAACAAGAGGGUACUGCAGUUGGAGGCCAGACGGCUGAUGUCUGGUUGCCAGAAAGUGGCAGGCACUGGCCAGAGCCCAGACGAAAUGCUCAAGUUCCUGGCUGACAGUUUCCAGACAUUGGUAGAGCUUGCCAGCGUGUGCCUCUGGUUCUCUGGUUGCGAUAGGUGCGAUCGAAGGAAUGCAGAGGCAUGGGCAGGGCUGGCUGAUGUUGCCCGCUCAUUCAGGGACUUCUGCUUGGCGGCAGAGCGAGCCAGCAGCAAACGUAGUUGCCAGGACCUGAGCACCAAGCUGUUGGCAAAACAGUGCACAGCACUUACCGCCUCAGUCUUCUGUCUCACGCAGCUGUUCCGCACCCUCACUGCACUAUGAGAGCACCACAACCUCAGAGAUGGUGUCAUGUCCGACCCAGAGCUGUUGUUUUAUCAGCUGAGUCAAAAACAUUACGGAGCCAAGUUUGAUGCAGUUAACAGUGAUCAUGUGUAGAAGUGCAUGUGAUGACUUUCUUUAUGCUGCACAAUUUACGCUUAACACAAACUGGAUUUUUGGUAUAUAGGAACUAAUAUACUUGAAUGUAUUCUUUAUCUAACAAGCAUAUUUAUUUACUUAUUUAUUGUACGGAUUGCUACUGGGUGUAUGAAGCAGCUUAGAAUACCGGUGAAAGAAGUGUUUACAGGCCACUUUAUAAGCAGGAGAAUAUGAUUCUUAGAUCACAUACUCAAAACACAGAGUAAAUGUCUUUUCCUUACUAAUACACAGGCCAGGAUAAAUCUACCGUUUACUUCUGCUUGCAUACAGUGCCUUGCAAAAGUAUUUUUUCGCAUUUUGCCAUGUUCCAAGCACAAACGGGUUUUCAGUGAGAUUUGUGAUGGACCAAAACAAAGGAGCAUAUAUGUGUCAGGGGAAGAAAAUAUAUUUUCAACUUGAGAUUGACACAUAUUUAACCCUCCUGGGUAAAUGAUUUUAGAUGCAUAUUUUAUUAAAUGACAGCCAUGAGUGUGAUGAGCAGCUUUAGUUUUCCCCCCAGAGUAUUUUGCUUUUAGCUCCAAAUAUUCAACUAAUUAUUUCCUGCUUUGAAUGUUAUUGUAGUGUAUUGGUCUAAAGGAGAUUAGACAUUUUUUUUUUCUUUUCUUUAAAGUAAUGUGUUUUCACAAUGCCCUGCAGUAUUACUUUGUGAUGUCUAUCACUUUAUAUCUUAAUAAAUUGCAUUGAAGUCUCUGGUUAUAAUGGGAAAUGUAACAAACGUUUAAAGGGGUGUGAACACUUGCAAUGCGCUGUAAUAUACUGUAUCUUUCUAUAGUCCUGUUCGUCUGGGAGGAACUUUUUUGACUGUUACUGUUUACAAAACCAAAAUGUAGCCUCAGAUGUCAUUCGAAAGAGUCAAAUCUUAAGUUGUUUGCUAUUUUAUUUAGGGAGACUGGGGACAGUUGCAACACUAUUUUCUUACCUUUCAACUACACAUAGAAGAUUGUGCCUGCAUAAACCAUUUUUAUUAAACUUAGACAGAUUUUUCACAAUAGUCAAUAAGAAAAAAAGUUCAACU